AGGUCUAUUCAAUAGCCAAACCAUAAACAAAACUAUACUACUAUAUAUUAUUGGAGUUGACUGCCACACAGGAGAGGUUGGUGUGAAGAGACGGCAAAAGUAAAUAGGGAAAUUUUAGAUUCCUGACCCUUUCUCUGCAAAAACCGCGCUUGAUUAUUUGAUGAUGCUGAUGACAAUGAAAGAAAACUAGCUAUACAAAGCCUAGUAGUUGCUGCCACAUCCACCUAUUAUACUCAAUUCAUGUUGACAAAUAAUGAACCUUACAACCUAAGCUCGCCUGCUUGCCUGCCUGGCAUCUCUUACCGUCUUACAUAUAAAUACUGCCACAAUUAACCAUCAAAAUCAAGCAACAGCAACAGCCUGAAACACUUUGUGCAGCUGAGAGAAAACGACAAGAAUAUACAUCAAGAAAUGGCUGCAUUUCGUUCUCCUUCAAGUGCGUCCACUGGGCUGGUUUUAUUGUUCCUGAUCAGUUUCUGCGUGGCUGCCUUUGCUGGCAACUUCUACCAAAAUUGUGACACCGUUUGGGGAAAAGACCGUGCUCAGAUUUACGACGGUGGCAACCUGCUCACUCUGUCGCUGGAUAAAAUCUCUGGCUCUGGAUUCCAGUCCAAGAAUGAAUAUCUAUUUGGAAAGAUUGAUAUGCAGCUGAAGCUUGUACCUGGAAAUUCUGCGGGCACAGUAACUACUUAUUAUUUAUCUUCAAAAGGUGAAACUUGGGAUGAGAUAGAUUUUGAAUUCCUGGGGAAUUUAAGUGGACACCCUUACAUUGUACAUACAAAUGUAUUCUGCCAAGGCAAGGGCAACAGAGAGCAGCAAUUCUACCUAUGGUUUGACCCCACUGCAGAUUUUCACACCUACUCCAUCCUUUGGAACCCCCAGCGGAUUGUAUUCUAUGUUGAUGGCAUCCCCAUUAGAGAGUUCAAGAACCUGGAGUUUCUUGGGGUUCCAUUCCCGAAUAAACAGAAAAUGAGAUUAUAUUCUUCUCUCUGGAAUGCUGAUAACUGGGCAACUAGAGGUGGACUUGUCAAGACAGAUUGGAGUAAGGCCCCCUUCAAAGCUUCCUAUAGAAACUUCAAUACCGAUGCUUGCGUCUGGUCAUAUGGAUCAUCUUAUUGCAGCCCAAACAAAAACGCAUGGUAUUGGGAAGAGCUUGAUUUUGCAAAGAAAGGGCAGAUGAAAUGGGUGCAGGACAAUUACAUGGUGUAUAAUUACUGCACAGACAAAAAGCGAUUCCCCUACGGCUUUCCGACAGAAUGUGCCUUUGCCAACAUACUCUAAGACUAUUGUCUAACACCUCCCCACCAAUAUGGUUUCUAGUAUUCCUUUUUUCCUACCCAAUUACACUUAAAACAUGAGGAUUGUUUUUCCAAAAGUUGGCUUCUUGACCUUUUUUUAAAACCUUUCUCUAUAUGGUUUACAAUUUUGAAAUAAGGGUUUGUAACAUGUAUUUUGUACUCCAAUCAUAAGUCGUUUAGCAGCCAUUUUCCUGUUUCGGAUUUUGAUUUUAAUGCAUGUAAUAAUGAUGGCGGAAUUGAUCAAGUCAACAAAGUAAAUUUAUUUGAACUCAAUUCAAGACGAUAGUUCUUUUCUU